AUGGAGUCCAGGGAGACAGAUGAGACAAAGCCUGAGGUGGACAAAGAGGAGAUCUGUCCUCUGAGUGAAGAUGUGACUGUACCAGCAACUGUCGACAUCACAGAGGUGAUGUCCUUACAGAUCAGAGGAGAUUCCGUAUAUGAUCUAGUGCUGACCGUGGUGAAACACCUAAACCAUCGUCUGAACAAGUUCCUGUUUGGACCACAGAGGACGGGACUCUCUCGACUCUUCGCCGCUACUCUAUCUCAUCCAUCUGCUCUGGAUGUACGGCCUCCUCCGCAGCUAACGUUCCCCGCCUUCGGAGCCCCGUGGCCAGCCUGCCAGCGCCAGCCUCUCCCCCUUCUCUGCUUCCGUCUGCGCUCAUUAGAAAGUGUCCUGGAGCAGCUGGCACAUAUUGAGUUUAUGUCCACAUCUCUCAGCGGAAUUCCUAUCCCAUUCCUCCUCCGUUUUCCCGCUUUUUCCGUAAGAUAUGUGUCUGCACUGACCGGAAAUCAGCAAAGGGGGGGGGAGAUUAACAACGACAGGAAAGACGGAGAACCCUCCCCAGCGCUGGGUAGCUUUGGGUGCCCGACUUUAAUUGAGGAGAGUGCUGCCUGGAGUUGUCUGCUCUAUUUCGAGAGCAAUUCGUUAUUGCAGCUCAACAUUUGGGGUUAG